CAGACAGGCAGGCUGCUUUACAAAUUCACAUUACACCGUUGACCAAGUCUCUACAGGAGGGAGUGUUUUUAGUGAGCAGGGAGGGUGUGGCUGGCAGUGGAAAGCCUACCAGUUUGCUCAUUUUGCUUGCUGGGAACUACAACGACCAGAUUGUUUCUGUCUUUGGGAUCUCUCGCUUGUCAACAUGUCCAGGUCAGAAUACCCUCCAGGGUACCACGACUCCUACGGCCCGAUGUAUGCACCUCAGGGCGGGAAUUACCCACAACCCCCUGGGUAUGGCUUCAGUGGUCCUCAGCCAGGCCAGCCCUCUGCUCCCUACCCCACUGGUGCAAACACCCCACUGUACUCGGGUCAGCCAGGGGGUUACCCUCCAGGACCAUACCCAGGACAGCCUCACCACGGUGGACCUCCAGGAGCCGGAUACCCUAACCACCCUCCCAUGCCCCCUAUAAUCCCACCUACCAUACCAUCAGAUGUCCUGAGCUCUGAUGAAGAGUUUGCGGCACACGGCAGCGGUUGGGACAGUCUGAGCAUCCGGCACGCCUUCAUCAGGAAGGUGUAUUUGAUUCUGGCGUCUCAGCUGCUCGUCACCACAGCUAUUGUGGCCGUGUUCACGUUUGUCCAGCCUGUCAGAGAUUUCGUACAGCGAAACCAAGCUGUGUACUGGGCAUCAUAUGCUGUGUAUAUCGUCACCCACCUUGUGCUGGUCUGCUGCAAGGGCCCCCGGAGGAAGUUCCCAUGGAAUGUCAUUCUGCUGCUCAUCUUUACUCUGGCUUUGUCCUACAUGACUGGAUCCAUAUCCAGUUACUACAGCACAAAAGCAGUGUUUCUUGCUCUGGCUAUCACUGCUGUUGUCUGCAUCGCUGUCACCGUCUUCUGCUUCCAGACAAAGGUUGACUUCACCAAGUGCCAGGGCCUGUUCUGUGUCCUCGGCAUUGUGAUGUUUGUAACCGGAAUCAUUACAGCCAUUGUGCUGUCUUUCAAAUAUAUCCCAUGGCUUCACAUGCUGUAUGCUGCUAUGGGAGCCAUCGUCUUCACUCUGUUUUUAGCGUACCACACACAGCUGCUGAUAGGGAACAGGAAGCACUCCAUCAGCCCAGAAGAAUACGUGUUCGCCGCGCUCUCCAUCUACGUUGACAUUGUCCAGAUCUUCCUUUUCCUGCUCCAAAUCAUCGGCGCCUCUACCAAAUAGAUCCGUGGGGGUGCAGAAGGACGCCCUACUGCAAAACCAUUCCAUGCUCUGUAAUACCGUUGCUUUGUUUUCAGAAUCAGAAUACAUUUAUAAAUCAUGUCAAACUCCAGGGAGAAUUACUAAAGGGCUGAAUUUAGGAUUUUGUGUAAGUUAUUCCUAUGCACAAAAAAUGCACUUUCUCUCAAAUAGUUCUGCAACUUACCAGUGGUUAACAAAUGUACUAAUAUUAUAAUAUCAAAUAAUACAGUAUCUAUAGACACUGGAAUAGUUGCAAUAUUUAGUCAGUUGCUGGACUUAAAGGGAACCUUUGGUAUAUUACAACCUGGACCAUGUUUCCCUCUUUUUUGUGUGUGUCUAAGUGACAAAUGGGGACAACAAUUUUUAAAUUGGUCCAAUAUUGGGUGAGGGAAGUCAGAUUGUUAUUAUAAGUGUCUGACAACAUUAUGAAAAGAACUGAACAGAGAAGUAAAAUGUUUUUUUCACUUGAUCCGGUCUGUCUCUUGUGGUGUCUAAUCAAGUCACGCUCAAGGUGAAGUAUCGUUCUGAGAGAGUUCAGUAGAUGUCAAAAUCAGCUAAAUAUUCAAUCAUGACUUUUAAAAUCCUUUAGAUAACACUAAGAUCCCAGCACUCUGUAUCCAACUCUCGCGAGAUUUCAGAAUCCUUUCACCAACUUCUCACUGAGUGGGACUUGGUUAAACACAACAGACAGACUGGAUCAAGUGAAAAGUAAAGAAAAAAAUGUUUCUCUGUAUGUUUCUUUCCAUGAUGGUAUCAGACACUCGUAAUAAUCUGAGCACUAUUAGUAUACGUACACUGACAUGGUGCUACUGCCCCAUU